AUGGGGCGGAUAGAGCGCAAGUGUCCGAUGUGCUACGAGCGGCUGCCAAAGCCGGUGGAGGUGAUUGGGCCCAUGGAUAAAGAACUGAACUACUUCAUGUGGAUGCCGGGGUUUGAGUGGCGCCCUCCACCCCCGCAGCGUGAACAGUGGGAUGAGAGCAGCAGUGGUUACAGUAGUAGCCGAAGACGAGAGCCUGGAGAGGAGGAUGAAGAUAUGGAAGAGGCGCUUGAAGAAAUGGUCGAAGCAAAUGAGAUGCGUGAUCGAUUCAAUCAGAAGGCAGUGGGUGGGAAAGUCUCUGCAAACGAUGCGCUCGUGUUGGCUAGGCAGCUCGGAUUGGCACCCUCAUAUGCUGAUAAGGAGGCUGUGGAACAAAAGUACGGAGAAGACCUAGACUAUGCGACUUUUGAGAAAUUUGCUGCUUCUACUACGCAUCCAGAAGACAAUAUUGAAGACCUGGUGGAAGCUUUCGCCCAUUUCGACGUAUCGAAGAACGGCUUCUUGUCAAGAAAGCAAAUGGAAAAUAUACUCAUGACUUUUGGAGAACCAUUGACCCCGCAGGAAAUGGAAGUUGUUUCGAA